AGAUUGAGAGGGGAAUGACAGAGAGAAAAUGAGCGGGGAAGUGCUGGCUGCUGCCGCCGCCGCCGCCGCUCGCUCGCUGGACGAGUUGUUGUUGUCACACGGUGCGGAGGGGAGGAGCUCCGGCAACUUGAAAUACCCUUUGAAGCAGCAAAAGGCUCACUCACUAGUAUUAACCCAAAUUAUCCAACCAGGAACCCGGAGCAGGAAAACAAGAGAGAGAGGGAGAGAAGUCCCUCUCCCCCCUCCUUCAGGAACCGUUAGAUUACAUGUUUCAUAUUUCACCCCACCAGAGAUGAGAUGUAAUUUUCCCAGCCCUUUUCAACAGUCGCCUGUCAACACAGUUUGUGGAGAAACACGAGCGUCUCCGGCGUUCCCCCAAAGCCGGGCGGGAGCGGGGGAGCCGGGACGCGGGGCGGGCGCUGGGCACCGCACACCUUGCCGGGGCAGACAAAAGCAGAAACCUCCGGACGGGGCUGUUGCUCUUGCUGCUGCUGUGGCUCUCCCGGGACCGCAGACGCUCCUCCCGGCGGGGUGGGAGUCGCUGCCGAGGGUCCCCUUUGUUGCGCGGCAGGCGGCGGUGGCUGCGCGGGGCGCGCACGGGCAGCCCCACGCGGCAGCAUCCGCGGAGGACUUCCCCGCGGCGGCCGCGGAGCGGAGGGGACGAGGCGCUACGGCUCAGGCCGCCGAGACGCCGCGCCGAGCGGGCUGCGGCGGCACAGAAGUAACUUGGGAGAGGGGCAGGCGGGCGGCCCGCGCAGCUCCCGCCGCGCAACAGGUGCCGGCGGCGCGCAGCAGCCGCGCAGCCCCGGCCCGGCCCCUCCGCGCCCGAGAGCGCGCAAAGUCAGCCGGCGCGCUCGCCCGCGCAUGCGCGGUGGGGCGGCGGCGGGCGCGGUACCUGCCGGCCCCGAGCCGGGAUGCGGCUGGAGCGCGUCUGGCGGCUGGCGUGCCGGGCUCCGUCGGGAAAGCCCGGGGCUGGGCUCUGCGGGUCUUGGGGCCGCUUCGCACUUUGAAAGGGGUAAAGGAAUGGCCACUGGUACAGAUGGGGGGGUCUGCAAAAUCUGGGGUCGAUUCAUAAUUCUCAUGGUCCAAGGGAAAAUGUAGUUUGAAAAGGUUUACUACCAGAGGUUUGGGUUAACCUUGAUGAUAUCAAUUCAACUGGGAUUAGAAACCUAGAAAGAAAGAUUUUUGAAAAGGUUCGAGAUUCCUCAAAGCUUCUGGCACGGUAAGUGUUUCUAAUUAUUAUGGGGAGUGUCUCAAUUUAAUUUAACUCACACCUAUACUGACACAUAAACCAAUAAAUCCUGAGGUCAUUCUUUGUAAACUUCCCUAGAUUGCAUUUCUCUUAGUUGCUGACGCUUUCGUAUAAUGAUAUUGUUGGGUGUUUUCUUUUUCUCUCUCUGAGUUGAUAUCAGCAAAACUCAAAUUACUGUAACUGAUAUUUCAAAAUUCUCUCUGUGUCAAGUGAAGACUUAUGGUGCUGAAAUCAAUAAGACUGUUUAAAAUUCAAAGACCUGCAAAUCGUUCUGUUUGUCCUUUGAUAGGGCCUGGGCUGAUUAAAAUGCGACCAAGAAAGCUUAAUUGCUGCACUAAUUAAGAAGUCUUUAAUUUCUUUCCUGGAAUAUUGUUUGAAGCAGGGUUUCUGUUCUGCUCAUGUAGCUGUUCAGGGCAGGUAUUCUUUCUCUUUCUCUCUUCUUUUUUCUUUUUACCAUUUUGGUAUAUUAAAAUGUAUGUUAAAACAGUAAGAUGUAUUGACAGUGAUUGUAAUUUAUUGCUUUUAACAAAAGACUGAUAUGGAGUUCACUAUUUUAUUAAAUUACAAUUUUGAGGGCAGCUGUAAAGGGUAAAAUGCAAUUACAAAAUGCAUUGUAGCUGUUGCAUUUUAAGGAAUUUGAACACUUGACUGACAGGAGCUAGGAUAGUACACCAGCUCCCUCCCCCAUCUUCAGUUAUUAUUGAUAAUUAGAUAUUUAAAUUCGUUCAGUAAAACAGCCCAGCAAAGUACUUGUCUUUUGAACACUUGUGAAGGAAUGGACCGGGAGAGGGGAUGCAACAGAAGAUAGGCACCUGGUAAGGAUGAAUAGUGUAUUGUCAUGUUAAGUUCAUCUACAAUUUUUAUUUUCGUGAGAAAUCUUUCUGUCUUGUGUCUUUUCUUACCUUUGUAUAGUGACCUAUUUUGUUCAUUGCUUCUGAAGGGGAGAAACUAGAGGAUUUCACAAAGCUUUCUGUGAUCAAUAGAAUAAUGUUUUUGGUUUAAUCAUGCUGCAUUAUAAUUCUUGCAAACAACUGCCGAGCAGAGAUUCUAAGAAAUGAGCAAGUGUUGGCAAAGAGAAGGUAAGUUCUGUUUUGCUUUAAUCUCAGGUCUUGAGCAGCAAUCCCCCUUUGAAGAGCUAUCUGCUAUUUAGAGGCAAGACUGAGAAAGAGGGAGGGACCUCAUACAGAAUCCCCCCCUGCAUCGCUCAGGAAAAUAGACUCAUAGAAAUGUAAGUGUGUGAAAAGGGAUCCUUUUUUGCGUCUCUUCCACCAAGACAUUUACUAAACAUUGACAAACACCAUGAAUACAAUUGAGACUGAUGUGAAGUGUUGUAUCAGUAAUAAGAAACUGGAUACUGCAGCACUGUUUUUCUAAUUGUUGUGUUAUAGUCAAAGUAGCACAUAACCUUGUCCAAUACAAAUACAAACUGGAUUCCUUUCAGUGACAGGACAAGUAGAUAACAUGCUUAAUAGAUACAAAGGGAGAUUUGCCAUUCCAAGCACGACGUCACGCUAAUUAUGUUUACUCUAAUUGAAAGCAAGGUUUUGGGGAACCUGAAAUUACUCAUAGGAUAUUUUUAAUAGCUGAAUAAUAAUAAAGUGCAGCAAACGUUGAUCACAAACCUUUUGGUCUUUCAAAAAUCUAUUGGAAAAUUAAAUGAAAAGUGGAGUUUGGUACAAACAAUGCCCCAGGGCAAAAAAACAACUAACACUAGAUUUUCCAGUCCAGCCAUAACACAAAUCAAUUUGAGCACACUUCUAUGGCCAGACUGCCAGAUUGUUAUGACUGCUAAUUCACUCAAUCAAACAGUACAUUAGUACACUGGGCACAAACAGCUUUAACAAUAGCAUGCAUUUCUGAAGAGUCCACCAUAUAUCAUAAAAAAUCCAAAAUACAUGGCAAGAUUGCUUUCACAUUCUGUUUACUACAAAUUGCAUUUACAUAUUGUGCAUGCCUAACAAAGGACAAAAAAAGUGGUGGGAGAAUGAAAGUGAAGAAACUUCUGGAGCCACUAAAAAUAACUUUUAAAGUCCUUAAAAACGAGAUUCUGGGAGCACUUGCUCCUGCUUGCACUGGUGUUUAAUGUGAACCUCUCAGCCGGAGAGCUGACAGCAGAGGCUGGCCAUCCCAUGCACAGAGCUGGAUAGGGAAUUGCUGCGGGCUUGGCAGCUCGCACACGCCCUGCCUAACCCCAACCCCGGCACUUCAGCGCCAGAGCGGCUUUUGCCGGCUUUACUCCCGCGAGUCAGCUCACUGGCUCCGAGGGUAUUCACCGCCUGAGUAGAGGGGCAGGAUUUAGCCCCAGGGAAAAUCCCUCAAUUCUUCCCCUUCAUCCCCACGAGCAAUGGGUGUUAUCCCCGGGGAUGCUAACUGGUGAUCAGACCAAGGACGCGCUGUGCUGAGGGAUGCGAUAACCGACGGCUCGGGAGCCCGCUCAUCCCUUCCCUCCCUCCUUGCCGGCAUCCGACACACGAGCACACGCACGCCCCGCACACACGCCCACGCACAAGCGCAUAUAUGGAAAUUGCAAAGACCAAACGCCAAUUAAGCUACUUGCUUAUUUACGAUUUUUUUUUUUCCCUUAAAUCGCUAUUCUGACUUCAGUAAAGGCGUUUCGAAGUCAGUAACUAAAGCAGCCCUUCUGUCGAUCUGAGCCUUUCGGUCACGGUGCUGCUACCAGACCCACAUGGUGAAACGGAUCGGGUCGUGGUCCCCUCCCGGGCUGGCUCGGGAUGGAUGGAUGGAUGGAUGGAUGGAUGGAGCAGUGGCUGGGCGCUGCCUGCUGACAUUCACCUGACAACUGACAGCCGAGCAAGAGAGCUGCAGCGCGGGGAGGAAAUGAUAACCAACUUCCCUGCGUGAUUUAAAAGAGGGCUGGGAUAGACGGGGGCCCCUCUGUGAUGUUUGAGUUAGACUUGGGUUCUCAUUAGAGGUCCUCAGUCCAACGUGCUAAUUCACCUACCAACAGGUAGAAGAGUCGCUCGGAGCAAUAAUUAUGAAGUACAAAGCCCCUGCCAUUAAAUUAUGUUAAAGCGGUGAUCUAAUCUGAGCUGCCCUUUGCCGUGCCUUCCCCCCUUCACAGAAUUAGUUCGCUCAGCCGCUCUAUCCCUGGCACCGGGGAGCCGGCCCCGGGUUCAGUGCUCCAUGCUCUACAGUGCGGUCUCUGCCGGAGCCCGGGGACCGCUCCUCCUGCGCCGUGCCCGGGAGCUGGGGGGAGCGGCUGAAUCCUCCUCCCUCCAUGCAUCCCUGGGCCCCGCCGAGCCCCCGGUGCCGCCGCCGCGGGGCGGUGGGAGGGGAGGCGGGCGGCGAUCGGGCCCCCGCGCCUGGCCGGGCAGAGGGUGGCGGCUCGGCUGCCGCUCCGGCGCUAAUUGCUUCCCGUAACAAUAUUAAUAACAGCGACCAAAAAUGCACAUUGCAGCCUUCUUUUUAUAUGGGAACUGACAGCCUGCGAGACGCAGCCUCUUCUUCCUCGUGUCACUUAAGUGAAUGGAAAACAUUUAGGGGGGGAGGGUGUUACCUUUAUUAUUCCCGAAUUUCAAAAAAGCAGACAAACGUUAUUAUUAAUUGGGGUUUUUUUGGGGUGGGGAUGAGGAAGGAUUUUUAAAAGUCCGAGCCCUUGCUUGAAAAGUUUCAGCACAGAGCAGAAUUUUAUAGAGAGUUAUAAACUCUGGGUAAAGGGAGAUGUUAUAAAUGGAAGUGCUGACACAACCUUAACUAUAGCGUGUAAACGGCUAUGCUAUAAUAUCCAUUAAGCAGAAAGAAAAAUAAGAUGGCUGAUCAAUAAUUUAUACAAAGAGUACCAACUGCAGACAUAAUAACUGUAAUGUUUGCAAAGCAAUCUCUCCCUCUCCAGGCUUAGCAGUAAACUAGCGGGGCUGUUAAUUUCCAACUCCUACAGGUAAGAGUACAAACAAAUUACUUAAACUUGUAUUUUGCUCGAUAUUUGGCAUGCCUCGGUAGGAUAAAAUACAAUUUAAUUACGAUGCAACUUGGGCUGAUUGAGGAGCCUCCCCCUCCCUCCCGCUUUCCUCCUGCUCGCCCGCCUGCUCCUCCGAGGGGACCUUCUUGGGCAAAGCUCCGCCCGAGAGACAGGAACAGGUCGCUUGGACGGGCAUUGUAAACGGGCCGACUUUUGGGUCACUGUAGUUCUUCGGAGAGUUAUUCACACACGGAAACAAAACGAAGCCAUUUAACUUCAAAAGAAAGUUGCAAGGUUUUUCAGUGCCACGAGCUGAAACACAAUACCCCCACCGGCCCGAUAAGCAUCAGCUGUCAGAGGACAAUGCACUGCCUUUCCAUGCAUCAAGCUACCGGGAAAAAAAAAAAAAAAUCUGCUUUAGGGAAAACCAGUGCUUCUUCCACUGUCGUAAACGAGAGGAGGCAAGCAACUGAUCUCUUCAUUGGCAUUGGGAGCGUUAUCCCCCAUUUCUGUCUACUGUACUUAUGUAGCAAAGCAGAGGAACAAAGUCUGAAAGUUGCUAAGUAGACUCCUGUAACGUGCCCGGGUUCGGGGUUUUUUGCAUGUCUCUUGCAAUAGUACCAAAGGCAUCACUUCUUUGUGAAAUAACAAGAGAUAAAUGUGUCAGUGGAGGACUUUUUUUUUUUUUUUUAAUUCUUCCCUGCCAGCCUGGACAAAAAACAAACAAACAAACAAAAAAAGUUAUGUUGCCAGCCGCACAAAAAUAAACCCAUAUUUAACGUAGCGUGCACAGGUCUGCGACAGCUUUCAGCUGUCCUUCUUUGGGACGUCACGAGUGUUUUGUGUAGUAAAAACAGAGAAGUAAAGCAAGAGACACCUUAUUUCUGAGCUCUGAGCUGUGAUGCAGGGAGGCUGCUCUGCGGGGUAAUGUUUAACACACACACCCCAAAAAAAAAAAAAAAAAAAAAAAGAAGAAUCUGUAAUUGCCUGCAUUGCUCGUGCUUGCUUACCACUGACCUCUCCCAGUUCAGCUUCAGUAAAGUAAAAUAGCAUAAAUGACGACUGUCUGUACAGUCCGCACGCAGACGGAGUCCUUUAUAUGGAAGCAAUAGUUGCCCCGCCCCGGCUGCCCCAGCCCGGUUGGAGUAUCGCAGCCUGGAACAUCGCAGUGUGGAACAUCGCAGUGUGGAACAUCGCUGCUCGGGGAAACGGAGCAGAAAGCGCAGCGCCCACUGGUGCCUGUGAGCGGGGGCAGCGCUCCCUCCGCGCCCCUCCGCGCCCCGCGCGGAAACGUCCUCUGGGGCAAGGAAAUGUGCGCGGAACUGCGGAAUGUGGUACAGACAAAAAAAGGUUUAAGCCCAUCUGUGACUAAGUGAGGGUUUGUUUCUUCAUUGUCUAAGCUUAGAAAAAGCAGAGAUGGAAAAGUUGUCUUUCCCCUGCUGCUCCCCAUCUGUCUGAGGAGGUGUGUGAAUGGGGCGAGUGCAACUUCGCACUCACAGUGAAGGGAAUUGGAAGGGCUGUCUGGUUGUAAAGCCUUGAUGGGAAACAUGAAUGACACCAGACACGUUUCUGAGCUUUGGAUACCCUGCCCCGACACUUGAAAACUACAGAAGAUUUGUGAGAUAUUGGCAUUGGGCCCUGUUCUUCUCUCAGGUGUUCUGGGGUUGUGUUUUGGGGGAUUUGUUUAUUGGUUUAUAUGCAUGAGAGAUUGUUACUGGGCAGUACUGAGAUUUUCUUGGAGAUUGUCUGAUCUCCUUCAUGUGCACAUGAACUUUCCAAGGAAGGCAACAAACAACCAUCUGGAAAAAAGAUACCAAGUAGAUAAGCUGAAAAUAAACUUUCACAAUGGCGGUGAAUGUCUCUUGCAUUUACUUAUUGUUUGUUCUGGACUGGGCUACUGGUUAAUGUUCCCAGCCAGAUCCAAGCACUUAAAAUGGUGUCCAGCAUAUAGUUUCCUGUGCAGGGUUCCCAAAGCUGUAAAAGGUAGC